CAAUUAUAUACAAUGCCAGCAUUACGACGACCUUCAAAGACUAUGUAUGACUUUAUUGUCAUUGGCGGCGGUUCCGGUGGUCUGGCUGCAGCACGACGAGCCAGCAGUCUCUAUGGAGCGCGCGUUGCCAUCGUUGAAGCACACGGCAAGCUCGGAGGCACGUGCGUCAACGUUGGAUGUGUGCCGAAGAAGAUCAUGUGGAACACUGCCACAAUUGCCGAAUCACUGCACGAUGCGCCUGGCUUUGGUUUCCAAUUGAACGAUCCCUGUGCCCCAGUCGACUGGCGAGUGCUGAAAGGCAAGCGCGAUGCCUACAUCAAACGCCUAAACGGUAUCUACGAAAGCAACCUCGAGAAGGCCAAGGUCGAGCACAUCCAUGGCACAGCCGAGUUUGUCAACAGCCAUACAAUCCGUGUGCGAGAGUCACCCGACGACGCAGGUGUGGAGAUGGUGGCUACAAAUAUCCUGAUUGCUACGGGUGGGCAUGCCGUUAUUCCAGAAGUGCCUGGCGCUGAACUGGGCAUUGAUUCGGAUGGCUUCUUUGCGCUCGAGCACCAGCCCAAACGUGUGGCUGUCGUUGGCACUGGCUACAUUGGCAUUGAGAUUGCCGGUAUCUUUAACGAGCUCGGCAGCACAGUCACCGUGUAUUCGCGCUCAAAGCAGAUCUUGCGCAAGUUUGAUCCGGUCAUUCACGAAAACAUGUUGGAAGAAAUGCAAAAGAGCGGCAUCGGGUUUGUCCAAGAUGCCGACGUGACCGCCUUGGAAAAGACAGAAAAUGGCAUUUGCGUCAAGAGCAACCAGGCGCCUGUUGAAGUCGACUGCGUUCUCUGGGCUGUUGGCCGUGUGCCCAAUGUGCAAAAACUCAACCUACCGGUAGCCAACGUGGAGACGACUCGCCGCAAUUUCAUCAAGGUGGACAAGUUCCAAAACACAAGUCAGGAAGGUAUCUAUGCGCUUGGCGAUUGCGUAGGCAAGUUCGAAUUGACCCCAGUGGCCAUUGCUGCGGGUCGACGACUUGCUGACCGCCUCUUUGGCUCGACUAAUGCGUUCCUUGAAUACGAGAACAUUCCUACCGUCUUGUUUGGUCACCCGACUGCAGGUUCCAUUGGCUUGAGCGAAGCCGAGGCCCGUGAGAAGUACGGAGAUCAAGUCAAGGUUUAUAACACGAAAUUCACAAACUUGUAUUACGCGUUGUUGGAUCGUAAGCAAGCGAACGCAUUCAAGCUGGUUGUUCAAGGGCCCGACGAAAAGGUCGUCGGCUUGCAUCUAUUUGGCAAAGGCACGGAUGAAAUGCUGCAAGGUUUUGGUGUGGCCAUCAAAAUGGGUGCUACCAAGGCAGACUUUGAUAACUGUGUUGCUAUCCAUCCUACUGCGGGUGAAGAGCUGGUCACACUCGUUUAA